UAUUCCCCGAAGAUGCCUCAAGGAAGCAGUACUUCCGAAACCUAUGAUAGUUCGUUCUCCAUGGGAUCUUGUUAAAAAAACAGGAAUGUCUCCAAAAGCUACUGUGCUUUGUUCUCCUCAAGGGAUUAUUAAAAAGGAACCAGUAGUACAUGUCAGUGGAACUGUCAGCAAAACUUUUAAACAUUCUCCGGCCGAGGUGGAGCUCCUUCAAAAACUAAAUGAAGUGUGGCAAAGAAAUAUGGAAUAUAAAAAGAAAAUUAAGUCUCUUCACCAAGCUAGACGUCGACAUGAUCGAACUAUUCGUCACUUGAAGGCUUUGUUAAAAGACCUGAAGAAAAAGACUGCAGUAAGUGAUGAAAGCCAUGAUGAUGAUGAUCAGAAAAUAUCAUCAGAGUCAAUUCUGGCUCCAGAUGGGACUAUUGCUCUGCAAAUUAUAAAAAUAUGAGAAAACCAGUUUCUAAAAGAACAUGUAGAUAAAUUAAGUGCCUUCAUCGUUUCUCAUGUUCAUUCACCAACUUGAGUAAGAAACUUAUUUAAAAUUUUGCUAUUUCAUAAUAGUACUGUAAAAUAAAUUAAUAUUGAAACAUAAUUACAACGGCUGGCUUCACAGUUAAAUUUUCAAAUGGUUUUAGUGGUUUUUCAAUGGUGUCCUUAUGUAUAAAUUAUGUGUUUAACAAAUAAGACAAACUGACUGGUGCUUGAUUUUGUAUGAGAAACAUCAACAAAGUUAGAUGGUGUGGUUGGAAGGCUGUAAUGCAGAACAUGCCAAACUAUUUUUCCAAUAUAGCUAUUAAAACUUUGCUAUAAAAA